GCAAGCGGCCCCAAGACGGCAACGGCGCUCGCCUCUUGUCAGGGACCGUCGCGGUCCCACUCCGCUCGUCACGGGGAGCUGCCGCAGGGCCCGCACCGCAUGGGCUGCCUGCCUGCCUCGCAAACGGUUUCCGCCACCCCUGUCAUCAAUCCCGCCCCGCGUCUGGGAUGCUAGGAGUUAUAAAGGCGCUGCCAGGGAGAAGGGAAGCAGGACAGGUGGGGAGCAGAGAGGCGAGAAGGAGCGGGGCCUCCACCAUGGACGCUUCCCGCCUUUUGCUAGCGCUGGCCUUGCUUCUCUCGGGCGGCCUGAGGUCGGUCCGGAGUCUCGAGGAGGCGUUCGGCUCCCAAGAACUCUUGGCCGAAGAACCCAAUGGCCACCCGGAGAGGUUUUUAGACUGGAUGCCACAAGAGGGUGAGGACCACACUGGUCAGAGCUUACCUGAUGACCAUCUGCUGGGCGUCCUUCUCCGUACAUUGUUCCAUGCUGUGCAGAGAUCUGGUCGCAGCCCUUCCUUUCUAUUCCAGCCACAGAGGUUUGGCCGUGAAGUCAGGACCAACAUUUUGAGAAGCACUGGCCGGAUCAAACCACGAGCUUGGGAUUCUCUGGCCCCUCAGUUUCUCAGUAUGGCUGCCCCACAACGCUUUGGCAAGAAAAAAUGAAGCUGGAAGUAGCAACCCAGAAAAAAUAAACACCGAAAGUAAUUGCUUCCUGGAUCCUGGCAAACUGGACGGGAGCCACACCUUAAUUUUCUGCUUCUUUAUUUCUGUGUUUUGUCACUCAGCCUUAGCUGGGUGGCCCAUCCCUGUUAAGGACCUGUAUUUUAUUUGUUGUCAACAAUAAUAAAACAACAUUGUUACAUCUUGAA